CACUGAGUGUCAAGCUGCAGAUAUCAACAACUUUCACAGCAGUAGAGAAGUAAAAUCGUGGAGAGAGUGUUUCGCACCUAACAAGUUCCAGGUAGAGGAGAAAAUUAAUAUCACAAACAUGGAUUUUGCUCUGAUCAAGAUAUUCUUGAUAGUCAUGGGUUUCAUUGUGGGGAUCUUAUCAAUGGCUUUUCUCACAAUAUACUACCGAUGCCCUUCACUAUUGAUCAAGAUAGCGAUAAGGUUCAAACGCUGGCAGACCAGGGUGGAGGUAAAAUAUGCCACCUUCAAGGACUACCGGUUUUGUUACUUCUGCCGUGGGAAGCCUGGAUCACAACCAGUCAUGCUGAUGCUUCAUGGGUUCUCCAUCAACAAAGACAUGUGGUUAGGCACAGUUGAACUCUUUCCCAAGGAUCUCCACAUCAUCUGCCUGGACAUGCCUGGUCAUGGCGAAACCAUUUGUUUGCAGGGAGAGAGCUACACAACAGAUGCUCAGGUGGAAAGGUUACACCAGUUUGUUGAGUGCACUGGUCUGAAGCAAAAGCCUUUCCACCUGGUUGGCCUGUCCUUGGGUGGAAUGAUUGCUGGCGUUUAUGCUGCUCGGUAUCCAUCUGAGGUCUGCUGCUUAUCCUUCAUGUGCCCAUCAGGUCUGCCCACAGAUACCGAGGUUGUCAAGCAAUUGAAGGAACUGCGUAAGACAAAGGGCUUGAGCAAGGUUCCUCUCCUUCCUUUGACUGUGAAGGAGGCAGAAGAAACCAUGGCACUCUCCCUAUACCAUGUGCCCAAAAAUGUAAACAGACAGCUCAUACAGGGAUUUCUGGACUAUCAGAAUCCACAUUACGCAAUCUUAAAAAAAUGUAAGUGCAACAGUGACAAAAAAAGGCUUCUAGUGAGAUAACUCCAAAUAUGGAAUUGCAGCCAGUCACAGCUCCUUGACUUGUAU